AUGGCUUCGGAACUGGAAACUGCGUGGAACUGGGCUGCUAUGAAAUGCACUCAACACUUUGGUGGAUAUCCAAUCGAGAUUAUCGUUCCAGUGGGUACAUCGGACCUAAAUCACCAAUUCGAACCUCAUGAAGAAGACGAAAACAAAUAUGGGUCUGAUCAAAGGAGCAUUCCGUCCUCGAGAGCUCUUAACGAUGUCGAUGAAAUAGUUGUCUACAAGACUCAGCAUUCGGAAUCGUCAACGUCUAAAUCUACCCCUGUGUCUCAGCUGUCUCAUGAAACGCGAGUAAAAACGUACUCAACACCAUCACAAAAUCAACCCGUCGACUGGUUGCUUCUUUGUUCCGACGAAUACACGCGCAAAUCGGGCGAAGCUUACAUGAGCUCCGUCACACUUUGCAACAGCGAGCACCGAAUCAACAGAAAAGAAAAACGGGACACAAAAUGGUACCAGAAAGUUGUGAAUGAGAUCUGGAAUUGUCGCAUGUCUGGAACGAAGACAGCUUGGAGUUUUCAAUUCAAGCCUACAAAGGAAAUACCUAAAUUGCUUUCGAAGUUGGCACGUGAGGCAAGGGUAUCGGUGCAGUUACUGGAGAUGCUGAUCCCGGCGUCUGAGAGGUUUGGAAAUGGACUUACUGUCUGCCUUUACAAGAUCGUGCUACCAACAACGCUACUGUCAUAA